AUGUCUUUUAAGGUAAAUUGGAGUUCACUAGAAACAGACUCGCUUUCAACGUGGACCAAGGAAAUUUUGACGAGCGCGUUGAACUCGGGCAAGAGACCCAAUAUAUUGGCGUCGAACAUCACUAUCAAGGAUCUCAAUUUUGGGCAGGCUGCACCCGAUUUUGAAAUUUUGGAGAUUGGCGAGUUGGAUAAGGACCGCUUUCGAGGGAUAUUCAAGAUCAACUAUCUGGGGGAUUUCCACUUGACUUUACACACCCAGGUCCAGGCAAACCCGUUGAACAUAUACUACCUGAACUCGUUGGAGCGCGAAGUUGCCAAUGGCGACUUGCAGUUUGUUACGCCUCGCUUUGGCUUGAGUAACGAGAAAUUCGCGAUCCCCUUGGAUUUGAAAUUGAGCGAUAUCCAAAUCAGCGGCAUUGGCAUCAUUGUGUUUUCCAAGUCCAAAGGCUUGACUUUGGUUUUCAGAAAUGACCCGUUGGACUCUAUCAAGGUGAGCUCGACGUUUGACACGGUGCAAGUCUUGGCCAAUUUUUUGCAAAAGCAAAUUGAAUCGCAAAUUAGAGACUUGUUCCGGGAAACCCUACCUACUUUGAUCCACCAACUAUCACUCAAGUACCUUAGUCUCGAUAACAACAUGAGUGAGUUGCGAACAAGAUUGGCUGCCAAUAUAACAAGCUCAGAUAAUACAACUUUACCUUUGAAAAUAUUGGACGGCGGCGAUAAGGAAGAUUUUUCAAUGAUUUACUCGUCAAAAAACUUGAGAAAAAAUUUGCAAUUGUUCAAAUCAAGAGAAAAUAUGAGUUUGCACAUUCCGAAAUUGAAAUUUGUGGUGCAGCGAACUCAUAUGGAUAAAUUCAAGAAAAAUUACCCAAACUUGUUAAACUCACUUGCCAUUGACAAUGCAGAGUUGCAGAAAUUUGUGCAAAAGCCAAACUCAAACAACGGAGUCCCCAUUGAUAUAUUUGAAACGCAGUCAUAUCAAAAGACUGAUGGAAUCCUCAAGGACAUUUCGUCAAUACAAGCCACCAAUUUUUAUAAAUUUGCCAAGGAUCCAACCAAGCCAAAGAGAAGAGUUAUUAAAUUGGGUAAAAAGAAGUCAUUGAAGCAACAACCAAGACCCGAAACUCCAGCUCCAGCUACAAGUACAAGUGUAAGUACAGGCUCAGAAACAACUAGUAUAAUGACUAAUGAACCAUUGUUGACACCCAUGGAACCCAUGACACCCGCUUCAACACCUGUCAAACUCCUGCCUGAACCCAACGGCGAGCUCAAGUCAAAGACACCUAUUCAACAUCCAACACCACGGAAGGCGGAACCUAGAGCAAACUCAACAGCUCAAGCCGAAUUAAUCUACAAGGAGUUUAUGCGACCAAGCCAGUCGCCUUCAAUUUACGACAAGUUCAUGCACUCCUGCGGCGGCGUCGGGUUGGGAAAUACUGGCUAUUUCAACUUUGUCCCGCAAAGAACAUUGAGCGCGUCGCCCAUAAGAAGAAGUGCAAGAGCAGAAGAAGAGAAAAAGUCCAACAACUACAUGGACUUCAACACCAUCAACCAGAGAUUGGAGGAGAAAUUGAAAUUGAACGACGAUCACUGCAAGAUGCCUCCAUUGGUCCAUCAAGACACCCUAUCUGCCACAGCCGCAGCAUAUGCUGGAUUAUUCACUGCACCACCGCCACCUUACUAUCAAGCCUCCUCUUGA